AUGGGAUCCCGUCCUGAGAAGAUAACAACGCUCCUUCUGGAUUGCGACAAUACCCUUGUGCAGUCAGAAUCUCUUGCGUUCGAAGCAAGCGCUGAUCUCACCAAUGAGAUAUUCGCUGCCCGUAAAGUUAACCUGAGCUUUACGGGCCGCUAUUUGCAACGAGAGUUUGUUGGACAAAACUUCCAAAACAUGAUUCGCGCUAUUGAGGCCAAGUUCAAUGUCUCGUGCAACAUCUCGGAUGAGGAGCUGGAGCAUUAUGCCAGCAUGGAAGACGAUCGCGUCAUCUCCAAGCUUAUGCAAAAGUUGGAACCAUGUGAAGGCGCCAAUGCUGAACUGGAGCGUCUCAAAGGACACUAUCGACUCGCUGUAGUAUCUUCAUCAGCGCUGCGUCGCGUGCGCUCUUCUCUUGAUAAAGCUGGCCAAGCCGACUUCUUCGAUCCAAACGACGUUUUCAGCGCUGCAGACUCGCUUCCUGUUCCUACUUCAAAGCCUGAUCCAGCUGUGUAUCUACACGCCUUGAGGACUAUGGAUAAGAGCGCUAGUGAGUGCGUUGCAGUCGAGGACAGUCGCUCUGGUGCAAGCUCUGCUAAGUGCGCUGGUAUCAUCACGGUCGGCUACACUGGCGCAUGCGACACGCCCAAGGAGGCUGAGGCACUGCGUGUAGUUCUUGAGAACGUGGGUUGUAAGUUUGUCAUGAGUAGUUGGGAUGAGUUCCCAGAUAUUUUGUGCAAGAUUGAGACUCAUCUCACGGAAUGA